AUGCAGCCAGCGAUUCCUUACACGGAUGGUGUGGACUCGUUAACAUUACUAUCAGAUGAUGCACAAAUUGCAACGUGGAAUAAUGAAGGGUUGCCAAUGGAUCGCAUGUCAACUGAAAACGCAACAAUACUAGCACAUUCUACACGUUGGCCGCUCAUGAUCGAUCCACAAUUACAGGGUGUGAAAUGGAUCAAAAAUCGUUUUGGCGAUGCUCUGGUGGUAACCCGUCUUACGCAGAAAGGUUUCCUUGAUACCUUAGAAAAAGCUAUGCAAAAAGGUAAUACUGUUCUAAUAGAACAAAUAGAAGAAACAAUAGAUACCGUUCUUGAGCCACUAUUAAGUCGCGCUUUGAUUAAAAAGGGUCGCUAUAUACGUAUUGGAGGCAAAGAAAUGGAUUUCAAUCCGGACUUUCGUUUAAUACUACACACAAAACUAGCUAAUCCACACUACAAACCAGAAAUUCAAGCACAAACCACACUUAUUAAUUUCACAGUAACACCAGAUGGUUUAGAGGAGCAAUUACUGGCUGAAGUUGUAAAAAUUGAACCAAAAUAA